AUGAGUGCAAACGAUAACAAUCUGGGUGCCAGGUUCUGGGAAGUGAUAUGCGCUGAGAACGGCCUCGAUCUGACCACUGGAAAACAGCUAGAACCACCGUGUAUAACUAGAAACGACGACCACCACCAUGGUAUAGCACACCAGCAAGAUCCAAACCACCCACUAGCCGCCACGGAUGGAACCACGACGGGGAAGAUGAGCACCAACCACCAGAAAAGCGAUGAGAUUGAAGAGAAAACUAACAUCAGAAAGGAAGAAAAUUAG